CUCAGAGCGGCCAUAGGGCAGCUCAGGGCCAGACGCGACGCCGCCCUCACCCCAGGAAUGCAGCACUGAAUUGCCAUGCUCAGGAGGUAUUGGUGGCCAGUGCACUGAAUCAAGAGCUGACCCUGGAGGACUAAAGAUGCAGGGAAUGGUGAGAUGUUUACUGAGGUGAAAAGUGAAGUUGCAGUGAAUGAUAACUUCAGUGAGAUGUGAGCAGUGAAGGAGCAAUGACUCAUGACAACGUUAAUGAGAUGAGCGUUGAAUCACGGCGGACUGAGUGGUGUAACGAGAGCAGUGCAUUACACUCUGCACCCUGAGGGAGGUGAACAGUACAGGAAUGGUGACUCGGAAUGACAUGUUUAGGUGGGUACUACAGUAUAUGUAGAAUUCUUCUGGUAUGUAAAUAAUAUAAUACAAGUUCUGAGUAUCUGAUCUUAGAACAAAAAUACCUCUACAAAUCCACAUAAGGUGGUGCCUAUAACUCAUUUUGCCUUUAUUGACUAUGGGUUCAGAGUUAGUACAGUAAUAUUUUUAUUAAAGGUUUUUCACGGAUGUGUGUAGCCCUGAGUUGCCAAAUGAUCGGAGAUUGUACGAAGGUUUUACCAAGAAGAACAUUUUCAAAAUGGAUAGAGGGGCUCAGGACCAUAAUAAAUUGUUCAAAUGUUCACAGUGUGACAAAGCCUUUAAUAAGAAAAGUAGCAUCGUGUGCCACAUGAGGCUACAUACUGGCGAGAAGCCAUUUGCAUGUACACAGUGCAGUUCUGCAUUUACUCAUAAGAGUACUCUGUUGCAUCAUUUGAGAUUGCACACAGGUGAAAAACCUUAUGAAUGUGAGAUCUGUCAUAAGAGGUUUCGCCAAAGAUCAAAUUAUUCAUUGCAUAAGAAAAUUCACACCAAAGAAAAAUCAUUUGAAUGUGAUAUAUGCUCUAAGACGUUUGCACAGCGUGUUCAUCUUACCACACAUAAAAGACUUCACACAGGAGAAAAACCCUAUGUCUGUAAAGAGUGUAAUAAAAGGUUUUCGCAAAGGUGUCACUUGAAUCGACAUAAGACUGUUCAUGUUAGUAACAAAGAAUAUGACUGUCAAACAUGUGAUAAGAAGUUUUCAUGUAGUUCCCAUCUAAGAGCUCACUUGAUAAUACAUAAUGGUCAACAUCAACAGCUUAAGAAAAGUGCCUAUAAUCACUUGGUGAAAGAAUAUGGAUUCAAUCAGAGUUUAUCACGCAACUGCUCAAAUGAAGCAAAAAAGCAGAGAAGCCUUGAGUGCGAGUUCUGCCACAAAAGAUGUAUAAAAAAAUCUCACCUGCGACACCAUAUCUUCAUUCACGUCGGAGAGAAACCCUAUGAAUGUAUAAAGUGCAAUAGAAAGUUUUCAGAGAAGGGCAGCCUCACUCGCCAUAUGAAGGUUCACAGUGACACCUCCACAUCCAGUGUUCCACUCACUGUAGACAACAUUGACAAGAAAAACUGUUCUGAAAGUAAAUAUGUCACUGCUGUUGCUGUGGAAUCUGCCCACGACAUGCAUGACGGGAAACACAUGACUGAGCUAAUGCCAGAAAUAAAUGAAAAUAAAAUUGAAAACAUUAAGAGACCAGACUUAGCAUGUUCAAGGAAGGCUGGAAAGUACUUAACUUCAUUAACAAGAUUGGAUGUUGUAAAUGUGAAUGGGGCAGUAAGAUUUAAUCCUUUGGCAAAAAAGAGAAGGAAAAUACUUAAAACUGUAUUGGAUGAUAAAAGUUGUUUCAAAUGUGUGACCAAAGAUGCCACAAUUGGACAACAUUUGCAUAUGGAACCAAUGGGGCAGCAGUGUGAGGAACUAGUUGGGCAAUGUAUACAUGGAGAACCAGUGGGACAGCACUCUGAGGAUCCACUUGAGCAACGUUUGCAUAGAGAACAAGCAGGACAGCAGUCAGAGGACCCAGUUAAGCAAUGUUUGCAUGAAGAACCAGUUGGUCAAUGUGCGCAUGAGGAGCCAGUAAUUCUUGGGGAUACUGUCUCAGGACAGGAGCAGGUUCUAACUAAUAAAGAAGAAUUAGUAAAACAUGCAGUAAUGGACACUAUAUCAAAUAUCAAGCAUUUUAAAAAUGCUUCCAAAACUGAAGAGUAUCAGUGUGCAAAAAAGACGGAAGUGGCAAAAUAUACCAAAACAGCAGGGGACUCUGUUGGCUAUUUAGGAACUGUAAACUCCAAGUUAAAGGUGGCUAAACAGUGCUCGUUUGUAAGUGAACAUCUAUCCAGUCAUAAAUGCUGUUUUAACAUGGAUGAAUGUGAGAGCGGAUAUUUGUCUGCUCAACAUACGGAGGAAGAUGGGAGUAGAUGUUCAUAUUUUUCUAAUAAUGCAGCUCCAAGGAACCCUUUAUUUUCAGAGAUACCUGUAUUAUCAAGUGAAUAUGUGACUUCAGAGGAACCUGUAGUUUCAGGGAAACUUUUAUCCCUGAUCACAGAGCUGCCUGAUGUUUCAGGUGAUUCUUUACCUCUACAAAAAGUAGUUACAUCCAGUGAAUCUUUGCCAAAUGAGGAUCACAUCGAUUCAGGAGAUUGUUUGCCUUUAGAAUGUGAACGUACCAGCUCUUCUCAACGGGAUGAUUCAGCUGACAGACACGAGGAUGGUAUAAAGGAAGUCACAGCUGGCAGACAGGCCAAAGGAAGUGGUUGGUCACCAUCCACUCAAGUGAUAGCUGUCAGCAUGUUCGUCUAUGGGCAGCAGGUGAAGGAAGAUGGUGGCAGCCAUGAAGUGGGCAUCAAGCAGGAGGUGGAUGUGGCGGAGGAGACCUUGGAUGACCCCAGGCCCACACCACUAACCCAAAUUUUGUCUCCCUUCAACACUAAUCCGUGAAUGUUCACACACCACUGACCCAGAGUCAAGAAUAGUUAGGAUGAACACUAUAACAUAACAAGAGGACUAGCAUGGUAGCUAGACAUGCCGAUGGGCCUACGAAUGUGAGAAAUCACCUAGCCAAUGUCCACAAGCAAAGUUUUCAAUCCACUUAAACUCAAGCCUGCAUUCUAAAUCAAUAAUCCAAGCUGGUUCACACAACUGAAAGAGGGUACUGCUAUGGUACUCGGUGUGUGUAUUACAUUUCAUAUGCUGUGAUAUCUGAAACUUUGCCUCUAGAAAUGUUUGGUUUUAAGGCUUGUGACAUCUGCAUAACAUAGACUGCAUGACAGUCUCUGGCCCCUGUCACGUGUGGCAUUGUGGACAUCAUAUAACAUGAAAUUGGGGCAGUACAGCACACUCCACAUGUGUCAUGUAUGUACUGUAUAUGACACAUUUGUGAUGAUUAUUUACAGGUAGUAAUACUUUAAUAUGUUCCUGUAGGAAGUGCCAGAUUAUUAGUACAUAUAUGUGGGUCUGGCAGUUGGGGGCUACAGGAGUACAGUAUAAGAACUCUGAAAAACUAGCCACAGGUAAUCCAUAGGCAAUAUAGGGGUACUGUACUUAGAGUAGUGACUUGGGUAAAAUUCGUACCUGGAAAUAUUUCACUUAAUUUAUAUGUCAUGCUUUACUUUUUGACGCGACAUUUUACUCUUUGACGCGACAUUUUACUCUGACACGACACGGCUUAUUAUAUUUUCUCAACAAAAGUACAUGGUGUGGUGUCAUAUUUGGUUGUUUCACAAGAUGGUAUAUUUUAUAUGAUGUUUCCUAGUGCAGUAAUUGGAUAUACUUUUACUGUAUUUGUAUUUUUAUAACAUUGUACACUUCAUGAGAACGGUUUCAGACAGUGCACGGAUUCUCGACAAACUGAUGCAUUUUGUGAAAAAGCAUUACCUGUACUUGGUACUUUGCAAAAGUAUAUUUUGCCACAAGAUUUAUAUUAAGAGAUUCAUAUUUUGCUUGUGAGCUUUAUAGUGUAAUAUAAUAAUUCAUUGCAUCAAGUGACAGGCAGCCAGUGUAUAUAUAUAUAAAUACAUGGUACCUUACUUUGGAGUUUUCCGGGGCCUAGCAUCCCCAUGGCUCGGUCGUCGAUCAGGCCUCCAGGCUAAUAUCGAGGUCCUCCCCACCCUCCCCCAGGAUGUAACUCCCCCCCCCCCUUCCCCCAUAUGUAUUUUGUGAAUAGCUAUAAUGAGUGGUUGUGCCUUGAGGCAUCAUGCAGGGGCUUCUCAUCUAAGUAAGUGUUGCAACUUAAUGUGUGCUGCUUUCAAACUGGCUACAUUCUGUGUUGUAACUCUGUAUAUUUUGCAUUGUAACUUUUUGCAUUCUCUGGUACAACUUGAUGGGUUUUCUUUUUAUUUCAAAAUACAGUAUCAUGGUGUUUCAACUUGAUGCAUUUUGUGUUCCACCUUGAUGCAGUAUAUGUUCCACCUUGAUAAAUUUUUUGUUCCAACUUGAUGAAUUCUCUGUUCCAUCUUGAUGAAUUCUCUGUUCCACCGUGAUGAAUUCUCUGUUCCACAAAUGGGGACCUAGUUGUUAAAUGAUUUGGCGGGUCGUAUUCCGGGGAAAUUUAGGAUUAAGGACUGGCGCGAAAUGCUAUGCGUGCUAGUGGCUUUACAAGAAUGUAAGAACUUUUGUAUACGUGUAAAGAAAAAAAUCUAUUCCACCUUUAUGUAUUCUUAUGUUCCACUUCGACGAAUUCCUUAUUUCACCUUCAUUCAUUCUGUGUUUCACCUUGAUGUGUUGUGUGUCUUCCCUUGGUGCAUUCUGUGUUCCACCUUGGUGCAUUCUGUAUUCCACCUUGGUGCAUUCUAUGUUCCACCUUGAUGCACUGUGUUCCACCUUGAUGCAUUCUGUGUUCCACCUUGGUGCAUUCUGUGUUCCACCUUGGUGCAUUCUGUGUUCCACCUUGAUACAUUCUGUGUUCCACCUUGAUGCAUUCUGUGUUCCACCUUGAUGCAUUCUGUGUUCCACCUUGGUGCAUUCUGUGUUCCACCUUGGUGCAUUCUGUGUUCCACCUUGAUACAUUCUGUGUUCCACCUUGAUACAUUCUGUGUUCCACCUUGAUACAUUCUGUGUUCCACCUUGAUGCAUUCUGUGUUCCACCUUGAUACAUUCUGUGUUCCACCUUGAUGUAUUCUGUGUUCCACCUUGAUGCAUUGUGUUCUACCUUGAUACAUUCUGUAUUCCACCUUUGUGCUGUUUUCUAAAAAACGUGCCGGACCAACCGGGCUGUGGUGCAUUCUGUGUUCCACCUUGAUGUAUUCUGUGUUCCACCUUGAUGUAUUAUAAAACAAGAUGUUUCGUGUCAUAUGGUAUGAACUGUAACAUGUUAAUUUGUAACAUGAAAUAUUGCAUAAAUAUAAUGUAUGGGAAGAUCUCUGUUAACAUAUUUGGGAAAGUAUGGCAGAGCAGAGAACUUUAAUAUCUAUAUACGGUAUACUGUAUACAGUACUGUCGUGUCCAUAUAUAUACUGUACAGUAUUUAGCUACCACCAUUUAGUUCAUUGUUUUUUCAUGUGCCAAUAUUUAUUUUGAAUAGGGAACAGUGUGUAUAUAUAUAUAUUUGCUAAAUUUUUAUGGUACACCUGAGAGAUAUGUAUUUGCAUUUUGAUUAUGAUAUUAAUUAAUGUGCUGUAUUAGUAAUUGUUAUUUUUUGAAUUCUUGUUAUAUUUUUGACAUUUAAGACCUUUUGGGUGUGGAUCUCUUUGUCGUCCGUGUCACCAAAUGGUUAUUUGUCUGUUAUAUAGUGGAACCUCUAUAUUUGUCUGCCCCUAUAUUGAUCAAAUGUUAUCUUCGUCAUGUUUUGAUGA